AUGGGGAGGGCCCUUCCAAACAUGACUGAUACUGAGCAGAACCAUAUUCAUGGGGAGCAGAUUCAACAAUUAUUGCAGGCUAGGGAAAAGGAGAGUGCACCUAAACGUCCUACACCUAAUGCGCACCUGGUCUACACACAGUUUCGAGAGCUCGGACCGACAGAGUUUAAAGGAACCACAGAUCCGAUCGUUGCAGAAGGAUGGGUUCGAUCCUUGGAAAUGAUAUAUGACUUCAUGCAGCUUGCAGAUGCGGACAAGGUCAGGUGCACGAUAUUCACGCUACAGGACGAUGUACGAGUAUGGUGGGAGGGUGCACUAUUGACAGUGGAUUUGGUUACAUUGACUUGGGCUGAUUUCAAGGAAGUAUUCUAUGAGAAAUAUUUUACAGCGGAUAAUAGAACCCGACUGGCGAGGGAGUUCUUGGAGCUUCGCCAAGGAGAUAUGACGGUAGCUGAGUACGUAAGGAAGUUUGAAAGGGGACGCUACUUUGUACCCAUGAUUGCCAGCCAACCAAUCGAGGAGCUGGAGCACUUUACGAAGGGAUUGAGAGCUGUCAUUCGUCAUGAUGUUAGAUUAAGUCGGGUCACUACAUUCAGAGAGGCAGUAGACCAGACAUUGAUGUCUAAAAGGGACAGGAAUGAAAUAAUCAAGGAAGCACAGAACAAAAGAUUGAGUUACCAGGGACGGGAUCAACAAGAGCCGGGCAAGAAGCAGUAUAUUGAGAAUAAAGUUCGAUGCCUCAAGUGCGAGAAGAUUCAUGCCGAGCAGUGUCUGACGGGUACAGAUGUUUGCAAUAUGUGUAAGAAGACAGGGCAUUUUGUUAGAGAUUGUCCACAGUUCAAGGAGCCAACCAAAGGAAGGGUAUUUGCUAUGACACAAGAGCAGGUGGAUAUGGAUGCGGCUAUCAUCACAAGUAUGAUUUUUGUUGCCAACAUACCAGCUCAUGCAUUAAUAGAUUCUGAAGCUAUCCAUUCUUUUAUAUUUGUGGCUUACAUUGCAAAAUUGGGCAUUACACCUGAACGAAUGUUUAAGGGAUAUAGUGUUUCUUUACCUUCCGGAGAGGAAUUACAUAGUAACAGAGUGGUAAGGAACUACCAGAUGAUGAUGCAAAACCAAACAGUGGAUGCAUAA